AUGCUACAUGUGCCCCAGGCAGUUUCAAUGUCGGAAUGCAUAACAGCCUGCUGCAAAUUGCCUGGCUGUGACUUGGCCUGGGUGUUUGAGGGCCGCUGUUACAUUGUAAACUGCCAACGCAAGGAUGAGUGCAAGCCAAUGAAGACCAGCACCGUGGAGUCCUAUUUGACCUUUGUGCAGAAGUCACUCUCUCAGAGAUUGGGCUCGCAGGCAGCCCAUUACAAAGAAAGAGGGCACUCCCUGGGGCUGUCCCCUGAGGACGAGAGUAGCCUAGCAGACCUGGCACUGUAUGAAGAUCGCAACUUUGGUGACAGAAUUACAGAGGGCGACUAUCUGGGGGAUUACAAAGGCUCGUCUGCUGAUGGAGAUUCAGCCGGCCCUGGCAAUAAUCAGAAGAACAUACAUGGCCCACAAGACUGGCAGGGAUGGGACACUACAUAUAACCUCAAUCCGUCCUCAGUGAAGGCUGGCGAAAAUGAGGACCUUUAUUCUGCUGAGAUACAAACUGGAGCCCUUUCAGAAAGCAGCCUUCCAGUCAAUGGGUCCCAGCAUGAAGAUUGGAGCAGUGAUGAAACAAAACAACAGGCAACUGGUUUUCCUAAACUGCUCCCUGUAGAGAAACCCGGGGAAGAAAAUCUAGAGCACAAUGUAACCAGCACCAUUGUUAAUGAGGACUCUGUCUCUCCUUUGAAUUCAUCGCUCGUUGCCUCAGUGGUUACACUGGCAGCCUCUAUACUGUGA